AACAAUUCAGUUGCGUCCGGGAAACCGAAAGCUCAACAGCGAAAAAGCUAUGCCGAGCUCAGUAUAAACACGGAUCGCACGUGUCGCUGUCCAACCACAAUGAUUUAGCGAACACGAAAACCACCGAAAGACAUAUCGGCUCCAGCUUUACUAACCACCCCGCUUUUUCGCUAUUUAGUGUGCUGUCCCAAGUGUUAAGUUACCUUUUUGGCUUAAGUAGUUACACGAUUUUUUCGCAGUUUAUGUCCCAUUUUGUCAGACUUUUUUUAAUGUCCCCCCAUUAAUAUACUCAAGUGAUUGAACAGUGUUGAAGACACUUUGGAAAUUUUGACUUAUUUCGAGAUGCCGUGGAUUAAAUCCUGUCUAUGUAAUCAAGAAAAGAAAAAGGCCCCUACCAUAAGUCCACCCCUACAUCUAUUACUAAAGAACGAAGACGCCGGAGGAAUUUCUCAAGCACCCAGUCAUGCAUUUCGAUGUAAAACUUUCAAGAAGCCCCGGCCAUGUCACUUGUGCCAUCAGCCCAUCAUCAAUGAGGGAUCUUGUUGUCGUGUAUGCAAAUACGUCUGCCACAAGAUCUGCGAAAGCAAGGAAGCGGCGCAAAGAUACACUGACACCAGCUGGCGGAUAUUUAGGCAAAGUCAAAAAAAAUGUUUAAUUGCCCAGCAGCCGAAUCCUGCACCCGAAAUCGAACCACAUAAAACGUCCGUUUACGACAUUUCCACAUCGAGUUCGGAAAAUAAUAACGAAAAGUCGACCAGCUUUGAAACCACCGACAAAGAAAAUGAGCCGGAAAUCAAAAAUGAUGAAACAGAUUCAAGCAAAGUGGUCGAAAUUGAGACGGUGGAAGUUUUGUACGAACCAGUUAAUAAGAAGCAAGUGGAAGUUGAAUUGCAUACCCAUGAUGAACCAUACAAGAAUGGAUCGGAGGUUAAUAAUAAGAUGUUAAGAUCGACAUCUUUCAAUGGCUAUGGAGGGGCGCUUACCAGCCAACCCAGAACAACCAGACCAACCAGCAACGUUCAAGGGACGAUGGAUUUGAGCUAUGUCACAGAAAGGAUCAUAUCGAUGUGGUUUCCUGCUUCUGUUACCUCCCAUUCUUAUCGGCAGGGACAGAGGCAGGCAGCUCAUAUGCUUGGAAAUAAACAUGGAGAUAACUACAUGGUGUUUAAUCUCUCGGAACCCAAAAGAGCGCUGAGAAGCGAACACAAAUACGUGAAAGAAGUAGGCUGGACUCCAAACUUGGCACCUCCACUGGAAAGGCUGUGCAGUGUUUGUAAAGAAAUCGAUUCCUGGUUAUCGAAAGAUGUACAUAGAAUAGCGGUGCUGCAUUCAAGAGGUUCAAAGGAAAAACUAGGAGUAGUGGUGGCAGCUUACAUGCACUAUUCGAGCAUUUGUGGAACAGCCGAACAAGCCCUGGAUAGAUUUUCGAUGCGGAAGUUCCUAGAUGAUAACGUUGGACCUUUAAAAUUGCCUUCUAACAGGCGAUACGUAGACUAUUUUGCUGGUCUUCUAUCACACAACAUCCGAAUCAAUGCGGCUCCAUUGUUUUUAACGCACGUCACUGUUUUGGGAGCUCCAUCCUUUCUGAAUGGAGGUUGCAAAGCGUUUCUCAAACUUUACGAAGGACACACUCCAGUUUACACUUCAGGCGUUUACAACGUAUCCGGUGGCAUAUCGCAAUUUACAGUCAAUAUAGCAGGCGAAAGAAAACGUGGCCUUCAACUUCGUGGUGAUAUAUUAAUUAAGUGCUACCAUCGUGGCUUAGGGAAUGAUCGAGAGGUCAUUUUCGCCUGCCAAUUUCAUACCUGUGCAAUAGCCGAUCAUACUCUCAGCUUUACCAGACAAGAACUCGAUGGCGCAUCGAAUGAUUACAGAUUUCCUGCAGAUGGGGCUGUCGAGCUGCAUUUUUCUCCGGGACCAGAAACACGACAUCCAGCUCCGGCUCCCACUCCAGCUGUUCCCUACACAGCAGCCCUUGACGAUCCAGUUAUACGAGCGGACAGUCCUUUUGCUUCAGGGGAGUAUGAUGGAGAUGAUUCCGAUUCUGAUGAUGUUAAUCACACAUUUGGACCCCUGGAUGGAAGCAUCUAUGCAACAAUAGCAAAAAAACCGGAGUUAUCUCCAGGAGCAGUUUCAAGUCCUCUGACCGUGUCUAUGGACAGUGGAAUCUCUUCUGCAGGACAUCAACAGAACGCCAACACCAACGCCUCCGGGAGUCCCCCGCCUACGGCACAACCUUCCCCACUGACGCCUGAAGAUCAGCAUCGUGAGCUUGACGAGCUCCUUUCCGACAUGAUGCUGACCGUACAAAGCAUUCCUGACUUUAAGCCGACCAAUAGUAGUGCGCGUACCGCGAACCAGGACUUUUCGAUCGACAAUGUUCGCUACAUAGACGACGAGGAUAAGCAUAAUCCCUACAAGAGGGAAUUCCAAAAGGAAGAGGAAAAGGAAAUCCCGUAUCACGCGAGGGAAAACAGCAAACCUUUCAGCUACGGGAUCAACCAAGAUAUGAUUGGGGAUUCAAAAGGUUUAUCCAGUCCGAGUCUUGUUCGCAAAGCCAGUGUAAAUAAAAGUCAUGGCGAUACUUUAGCCAAGGUUCAAACUGGAGUUUACCCUUCCGCCAAGCCAGUGCCAAAUUUUCAAGCUGACCCAUCGUAUAAUUACAAUUCGACUUAUUCCUCUGUCGGAAAAUGCGGUUAUUCGCCGAUACCUCAACGAAAAACCCCUUUACAAGACCGCGAUCCCAUUGAUAACUUAUUCACACAAAGUGCCUUGAACGCACAACCACUCAAAAAGGAAUAUAGAGAGGAAUUUUAUAAAGAUGAAAGAAAAAGGUUUGACCCAAUAAAGCGCAGCUACACAGAUGGGACCAUUCGCAGAAGCCCUGAUAAAGUGAGCUUCAAGACCAGUUCUACAGUAACCAGCCCUUAUUCCGAUUCCGAAAGCCUGUCGCCUCCUGGUCAGUUUCGGAACAAUUCCAAAUCUCCGGAUUUUCACGAGACAUACGCAAAUGGCAAUCUUACCUGGCUGCAACGACAACAACAAAAACUCAAAGAACGAAGAGAAUUGAGGCUGCAAGAAGAGCGCCAGCCUCAUGAAACGCGGCUGUUAUCCGAACUGAAGCAGGUUCAGUCCAGGCACAUGCGACCCACAGCCAGUCACAGACUUGAUGGUUACACAAGUGAUACCACGGCUUUUGCAGACGAUGACGAUGACUAUACGAUACCAUUACAUAUCAAUACAAUGCAGAGAAAUGGGGUGACGCCCAGUUCUUCACAGUACAGCACCAUCAAGUCCAAUUACUCAACAAUUGCUAAGAAUGAACGCCCUUUUAUGACUGUGAAACGAGCCCAUGAAAAAUUUUCCCAAACUCACGAUCCAGUGGCGGCUCUUGCAGCGAAUCCGCUGGGACAAAUAGUGCGGCCGCCCUCACGGACCGCUUCUGACCAAGUGGAUAGCGGCCUCCUGUCCCUAGUGGAGCAGAAGUCUCAGUACCGUCAGAACCAGUACUUGGGCAGUUCUGAGCCAGUCCGCUACAACCAACAAUCGGUGGGUAUUGCAAACGGCUCCAGUGCUGAGUCUCCGCUAAGAGACGAGAACUCUCGGCUUGGCGCUCUAGACGAUCUCAUCGCUAACCUAUCAAGCGGCUCUGAACACUCUAGUAAUAGCCCUAACACGACCGCAUGGUCUCAGUUCGAGCAGUCUUCGUACACUUGGAGGUCGCCUUCGACGCCCAACGACGCUGAUAUAUCGCCAUCACAUAGUUCUUCUCCAAGGCCGCAAACACCAGCGUUUCCUGUGUUGGCUCGAACGCCCUACCUCAAUUCCUCAAGCCCUUCUGUGCAGUUCGAUUUGUCCCAUGAGCGCCUGCCUCCCAAGAGUCCUACAACCCAGAGACGAUUAAGCUUUCCAUCAGCCACGUUGACUAAAAAUGCCAAAUGGUCUCUUUCCCCUGAAAGAAAGGACCGCCCUACCUCACCAUCCGACCUCAAUGGCGUCUCAGAUGGGGAAUACAAGCAUGCUGUAGCCCAAAGAAGCGUUUCUGCCACUGGAUAUCGGGACCAGAAUGGCUCCUCCUCACCCACAUAUUAUGGACAUUCGCGACGAGGAUCAAUAGCGUCCAGUGCAAACGACCAAGCGCCCCACGAAGUCCUGGCGGCUCAUGUAAAAAUCGUCAGGGACACCAGCAAGUUUUGGUAUAAACCAGGCAUAUCCAGAGAAGAAGCAAUUAGCAUGCUUCGGGACCAACCUCCAGGAACUUUUGUGGUUAGAGAUUCGAAUUCAUUUCCUGGAGCCUUCGGCUUAGCCCUGCGGGUCGCUACAGUUCCAUCAAACCUCCAGGCGAAAUCCGGAGGUUCUGACGAACUAAUCAGGCACUUCUUGAUCGAGCCCACGUCGAAAGGAGUCCGUUUGAAGGGCUGCACCAAUGAGCCAGUAUUCAGCUCACUGUCAGCUCUAAUUUACCAACAUUCUAUCACCCAGAUUGCUCUGCCCUGCCGCCUUACUUUACCCGAAGGAGACCUGAGGUACGACAGCCGAAACAGCUCCCAAGCUCUUCACCAACAAAUCCAGAUCCAGGGAGCCGCUUGCAACGUUCACUAUCUUUGCACAUUGGAAAUGGAGUCUUUAACUGGACCUCAUGCAGUGAAAAAGGCGGUAACUCAGCUAUUGCAAAGAGCCAAUGAUCAAGAGCAUCAAGCCAAUCGUCCAGGCAUAGCGACCGUUCAUUUCAAAGUUAACGGCCAAGGAAUCACUCUAACUGAUAGCAAGAGGAAGCUGUUCUUCAGAAAACACUAUCCAAUCAACACCAUUUCGCAUUGCGGUUUGGAUCCGGAGGAGCGCAAGUGGCUGGUGGAUAUUGAAGAAACUGGGUCAGCGAAAAGUGCCAAUCGAAUUUUUGGAUUUGUCGCCCGUAAACCAAAUGUGAGUAAUCCAGACAACCAAUGCCAUUUAUUUGCCGAACUGGACCCCGACCAACCCGCUACAGCCAUUGUAAAUUUUGUCAAUAAAGUUUUGACCUCAAAUGGAAUCAAACCCAACCUGGUGUAAAUUGAAUAAAAAACCACAUUAGUUUGAUAAUAGCAUCACCUGUUUUAAAUUUAGAGCAGUAUUUAUCAACUACUUAAAUGUAAAGAAAGAAACCCUUAUUGUUUGGUAUAAUUUUAAAUUAGAUAAAUUAUUAUUUUUUGGAAA